GCUACUCGUUAUCGAUAAACGAAAUAUAUAAACAGCCACUGACCUGUCCUAGGACCCUAUUGUUCUGAGACCCCGUCAGACUACGAAAACAUGGAAUUCGACAUUAGGAAUAUUGGCUUCGAGGAGAACGAGUGGAGUGUCACGAAGGCCAUCUCUGAUGUGCUGCAUACAUACCCAGGUCCUUUUGUGUCUGACCCAACCCAGCGCCCACUCAACUUCAAAGUUACACUCAACAAGGGUCACAGUGGCGUUCGCAACGACGGCUCUGGCACACUCACAUUACCCUCUCGAGACUUUGGCCGGCAGUUUAUCAAAUGGCAAAAGGAUUCAGAAUGCAAUCGCAUACGAGUUAGCGGCGUUCCCCUCAAGUUUUUCCCCAACAAGACCAUUGUUGGGCGAGGACUUAUGAUGACUUUGGAGAAGGCCCCAUACAUCGACCCGACUAUAGACCAGGAGCGACAGCAAAGGAUAUGGGCUCUGUAUCCUGCAUUUCGAAUAGCAACACUUCAAAUAGGUACAUAUUAUCGCAAAUACACAUCUUCACCCACGGCUCCUCGUGCAUUCUCUAUCGAAUGGGAACGGCAUUACACAAAGCAAGGCCUUGCUUGGUUAAGCUUCAACUACGAUCACAAGGCAUUCCACAUCAAGCUCGGUGAUCCUAUGAAGCAUGUCGUUGAACACAAUGUAACAGUGAAGUUCUCUAGUAUCAACAAACUGGCUAUUGGGUAUGAUUACGGAAAUCAAUUUAUUUGUUUCGAUUUGUUGACACCGCCAGAUUUUGAAGAAACAGACAUUCACAGAUCGUCCGAAGGGGACGAAAAAAAGGCUAAUGAUAAGACUCGCCGCCGUGUUAGCGCUUUGCAUCCUGGUCAUGCAGCCAUUGCUCCCUAUGCUCAUCAUCUUCGCGUUAUUCUGUCAGAAGAUGGCGACUUAGAACGAUUCGAACAGUUCUGCAGAGUGGCAGAACUCAGACGCCCGAUCAAGGGCGUUAAUAUUGAAGCUAGUGGGCAGGCUUUUUUUUCGAGCAAAUAUAUCGCCAAGGUGAACAGAUGGCUCCGAGGACUAGAUUGGCUUGUGGCAUUUCAAGUGGAGGCUCUUCUUCAUAAUGGUCUUUUAAGCACGGUGGAACUUGACGAUCUUCGUGCACCUAUCGAUAGACUUGUUCAGGAGCAUCGAAAGCUUGCCGGAGAGAUACUCCGCUAUUUCACCGAAGCACUUGCCUCGCGUUCCCCGAACGAGACACCUAGGCAAUGUUUUGACCUGGUGCGACACAGUAAACUGAAAUCAAAGCUACGCACUUCCCCACAAGGCCGAUUUUUUUGUCAUCAUGUUACGUUUACGCCGACACGUAUGCUAUUAGAGGGUCCUUACAUCAUUCAGUCCAAUCGAGUUAUUCGGAACUAUGAAGGUUAUGAAGAUCACUUCAUUCGCGUGGAUUUCCGCGAUGAAGAUCGCCUCAAUUAUCGAUGGAAUCGUGAACUUGACGCAUUGGCAUUUCUCGAACCCCGCGUAGGCGGCAUUCUGAAAAACGGGUUCGAGCUUGCAGGAAGAGAUUUUGAAUUCUUGGCGUAUUCCUCGUCAGCAUUGCGUGAGCACGCUGUAUGGUUCGUGAAUCCCUUCAGCCAUCCAACAGAAGGAUGGGUGACAUCUGAAAGCAUAAGAAGUGGCCUUGGCGAUUUCUCGGGUGUGAUUUUCCAUCCUUCCAAAUACGCAGCUCGCAUGGCACAAGCCUUUUCUGCAACUGACCCGUCUGUCAAAAUCCAUAAAUCUCAAUGGCGAGAAAUUCCUGACCUGGGAGAUGAAACAACAUGUUUCACGGAUGGUGUUGGGACUAUUUCAAGGGAAUUAGGCGAUAUGAUUUGGGGAGCGCUAUGUGAAGCUCGACGAGAUCAUGGGGAACAUACCAUCAAGCCUUCAGCGUAUCAGAUUCGUUUCUUAGGAUACAAAGGGAUGGUUGCCAUCGAUGCACAAUUAACGGGCGUCCAGAUGUGUUUGCGUCCUUCCAUGAACAAGUUCUUAGGAAAAGAAACAGAAUAUGCUGAAAUUGAGAUUGCCCGCGCAUUUGAAAGGCCAAAUCUGCCUCACCUCAAUAGGCCUUUGGUUAUGGUUUUAGAGGAUCGUGGAGCUAAGAGAGAUAGCUUUGUAAAACUUCAGGACGAAGUUAUAGCCGAGACAAGGAUGGCGAACGACUCGAUCGAGCGCUUCCGCAGCCUUUUGGAAGAACAUAACUUGGGCCACAAUUUCCGUCUAUCUCCAAUUCUCCAGCAACUCAAUGCUUUGGGUCUGGAACUCAAAGCAGAUCAAACUAAAGAGGCCAUGGACAGUCCUUUCUUGGCUCAAACACGAUCAUGCGCUAUCAACCAUGUCUUACGCAGCGUGAAGCACGAAGCACGAAUACAAAUACCCAAAAGCUAUAUGCUUGUAGGAGUCGCUGAUGAGGGUCCCGCAUAUGUCAAUGCUGGCCGAGACAACGUUUUCUGCCUUCCUGAAGGCAAAAUUUAUGCUUGCGUUCAAAAACCAGGGGACAUGGAGCCAAUCUGGCUAGAAGGGCUUUGUGUCAUAUCAAGGAGUCCUGUCAUUCAUCCGGGCGAUGUUCAGCGUGUAUAUGCCAUUGGUAAACCACCGGCGAACAAGUUAUGUCUAUUUUCUCACUUGAAAAACGUUGUGGUAUUACCCUCCGUUGGUGCCCGCUCACUAGCUUCAUGUCUUGGUGGUGGUGACUUGGACGGAGAUCUUUAUGAAGUUAUACAGCACAGUCCAUUCCUAGUUACUGAGCACCAUGACCCUGCGGAAUACCCUGCGGGAAGCAUAUUUACACUCGACAGGCCUAGCACUAUUGAGGAUGUCUGUGACUUCGUGGUGGAAUAUAUUCAUUCAGACGUUGUGGGUCUCGUCUCUGACAAGCACAUCGUGAUUGCAGAUCAAUCCAAGCAUGGCACCCUAGAUCAAAAUUGUCUCAAGCUCAGUGCAUUGCACAGUCAAGCUGUUGAUUAUCCAAAGAACGGCAUCAAGGUUGACAUAUCAUUUCUCCCUCGCUCACUCAUCCCAUACAAGCCCGAUUGGCAUGCUGCGGAAGUGGAUUCACCCCGAAAGACAGACUAUUACGAGUCCAGUCGCGCUCUUGGCUACCUAUACCGGAAUAUCACACUUGAAGAUCUUCCUACUUCGGUCCCGCGCAAACCGUAUGAACCCCUAGACGACCCUAUCUCGAAGGUUCUCAAGCCUCGUGUGAAACGGCAAACACCUGGAUACACUGACCCAGACGGCGAAAGUAGCGAGAUGGAAACUAUAUUCCAGACAUACAGAGAUGAGCUCAAUUAUAUCUCCGUGACACACUCCCUUACGAAUAUUCCUGGCGCUCGCCUACGCGAAGAUGAAAUUGUCGUUGGUACUAUCCUGUCUAAAUGCUCCCAAAAAAGAUGGAGGAGCGACCGCAUGUAUCGCAUGAAGGCACACGCCUCAUUCCUUGCACAUGAGACAAGGCGCGACAUACGACUAUUGGAUACUUUGGAGGACGCGUCCGAAGGUGAUAUACGAAAAGCUCUCUUACGAGCUUGGACGGCUUGGGAUCUCAGCCUGAGGAAAAGUGACCCCGGACCUGAUGAAGCCCAUUGUUUUGGUGCACAUAGUUUUGGGCUUAUUGCUUUGGGUAUCGUACUAGAUUGUCUUGAGAAACUUGGCAGCCUAUAA